AUGGCUUCCGCCGAGGGCAUUGGCAUGAACCUCACAUACCCGAAAUCGCCAGACCCAAGAGUCCCAGCGUCGGUGCUGAAGGAAAUCGACGAUGCCAAUAUCCCGGUUUUCAUGACUGGGAUCCUCCUCCCGCACGUCGUAUGCACUCUCUUCAUCUUUGCUCGUAUUGCCUCGCGGCUAUGGGUGAUUCGCAAAUGGUUUCUGGACGACACGCUCAUCUUCCUCUCGUGGCUAUUUUCGACGGCUCUCUGCAUCGUCUACGGCAUCACCGCCACGACGCCCUCGCUGUUGGCGGCCCCAUCCGAGGCAUCCCUACUGGAAGAUGUCAACCCGUACAUUAUGCGCACAUACCUCGGGUUGAUCUACUACCAACUCUGUCUCUGCCUGACGAAAUUCUCCAUCCUGGCGUUUUAUCUCCGGGUCUUUGUCUCCCGCCCGCGAGAGCGGCUGUUUGCAUGGGGAACAGUUGUGUUUGUGCUCAUGUACAGCGUACCGAUGCUGCUGAUGAGCUUCCUACAAUGCCAUCCGGUGAUGGGACAGUUCUUCGGGCGGCCCAUGAUGUGCUUCGGCUUUCCAGAGCUGUUGAUCUCGAGCGCAAGUCUUCAUUCCGCCACUGAUGCGUGGCUGAUCGCCAUGGUCAUUCCCUGCGUCGCCAGACUCGACCUUCCCCGCAGGGACAAGAUUGCGCUCUCGGUGGUGCUGAGCUUGAGCAUAUUCGUCAUUGCAGCGAGCAUGGUCCGUCUUCAGCUCAGCCUGCAUAGGCACUACCUGCCCAACAGCACGGGUGUGACCAACACGCUCACGUUCUUCGUUAUGACGAUCCUGGAGUGCGACCUGGCGCUCAUCUGCGCCAGCGCUCCGACACUGCGUCCGCUGCUGGCCAAGGUCUUCCCGGGCCUGAUGAGCGCGGCGAAGAGAAGGUCGCUGGAAGCCACCGAGAACGAGAGCUUUGACCUGACGAGCUUAACGUACCACGGCUAUCCAUGGACGGAGCCCAGCACGCCGUUUGCGCGGAGCCGGAACGCGAGUUAUGCCAGUCACUUGAACAAGCUGCGGAUGCCGGCACCACCUGUACCCGUGUUGUCGAUAUCACACAUGGCGCCGACGACGCUGAGUCUGAGGACUGCGGUAUUAGGGGUGGUGCCGAGGAGUCGGGGCCGGCCUCUCACUGGAGACGGUAGGCCUAUGUUGGAGGCGACGUGGGAGGCGAAGAGAAGCUCUUCGAUAUACUCACAAGACGACAGAUUUGAGGUGCCUGACACUCCUAGGUCUGGGAGGGGUGAUGGGGUCGUGUUGAAGGAGAUGAGGUUGAGUCUCGGUCCCGGUGUUGGAGGAGAAGGCUUCAUGGCGGAGAAGGCGCCCUUGAGCCCGAACCGGAUGAGCCCAAUUUCAAACUUCAGUGGCGACACAUACACUGUUGACAGAAACAGCGGAAGCACCAAAUGCGAAAAGGAUGGUGGAAGAUUGACGACAGAGAUACCCCGGGAGAAGGACAAGAAGGUCCCUCCUCGUAGGCCAAGACGGCCAGAUGACCCAGCGUAA